AAGAUGGACUACUAUAUCGAGAGCUGGGGCAUUGACGUUGCAAAAAAUGCGGCUUUCAUUAACAAUACCAUCCGUCAAGUCAUCCGAUAUUCGCACGCAAGUAUCCUGCGUAAAUCCCGUAAUGAGGUUGCGAAAGCCAACGGAGCCAGAUGCAACGUGCAGAGGGUGCUCGUCAAUUGGCUCGGCACACGCGCUUUUUACGCAGUAUUUUCAAAAAGAUCGCAGAGAUACGGGGCUUGCUCGCUGCUCCAGCAUCUAAAGUCCGAACUCUCGUUACAGAGAAAUAGGGGAAUACAGGGGAGAUUUCGGAAGCUCGUCAAGGAGAGUGCCGAAGUUUUGGCGGCGUUGGGGCUGUAG